CGCCAAAUACUCACCAUGACCAAUGUGAACUUGAGUCAGGCGCCACCUCCUUCAAAUUUCCCACGUUCAAGUAAUCCAACUUCUGGGAACAUUUGCAGCGAAUCGAGCAAUUCUAGUUUCCUUAAGCCAAAGGAUCCUGGGCAAUCCGCAGAUAACACAGAACUUUCAAGUGACCUGGGUUCUAUUUCCGGUUUUGAUUCUGGAGACCUCGAUCGCUAUCUACAAAUACCGGCUGCAUUCCUAGAGUCCGAAGGUGAUGAACGAUGGACCGGUCGACGUGAUAGCUGUACGAUGACUGCCGAAGUUCUGUCUGCUCUGAGUGUUCCGCGGACGGAUUCUCCGUUAUCUUCGGACAGAUCAAAAGGUGAUACUGCUACAAUAACCGGUUCAAAUCUGCUCAAGUCCUCGGUACAUUCUUGUUCACCAAUUCCUGCGGAUGAAUCAAGCAACUAUUACUGCUCUACGGUUUCUUUACUCGAUUCCGGUCAAAUGCAGCCAUCCCAUUUCCAAGACGUCGCAAGCAAACUGGGCAUUUCAAUGACGCCCAAUGACUACCAGCUGUUGACAAAUCCACAACUAGCGAACUACGUAACAGAUGAGACCACUGAAACACAACUGUUGGGCUAA